AUGGGCACUUACAAGUUCACCUGGGCUCACCCGGCCGAGGAGGUUUACGUUACCGGUACUUUCGACAACUGGACUAAGAGCGAGAAGUUGGAAAAGGUCGGCAGCUCUUUCGAGAAGACCGUCACACUCGCCGACGCAUCGGAGAAGAUCUACUAUAAGUUUGUUGUCGACAACAACUGGAUCACAGACCACACUGCCCCUCAGGAACCUGAUCACGAGGGCAACGUAAACAAUUUCCUGAACCCCGAUCAAAUCGUUAAGGAGGACACUUCCGCCGCAGUCAUGAACACUGUUACCCCCGAAUCUACCACCGCCGCCCUGGCCAAGGACGUGCCUCUUGAGAACAAGGAGGAGCUCCCCCAGGCUACUCCCUCCGACAUCCCCGGCGGCUUUCCCGUCACUCCCGCAAAUGAGCUUGACAAGUCUUUUGGCGUCAACCCUCUGCCUGCCCAAGAUGUUACCGCUGAGCCCGUGACCGUCGCACCGGGCGAACCACUUCCCGCGUCUGUCAAGGCCGGCGAUAUCAACGAGCACGUCAAGCUUGACAAGGAAGGCUACGAGGACUCCAGCGCUCUGCCCGGCCUGUCCAAGGAGGAGACCACCGUCCCUGCUAUCACCAGCAACUCUAUUCCCGAGUCCAGCUUGCCUAUUGCGACCACUGAUGCCACCAUCAACAGCGCCGCACCCACAUCCACCACCGCCGCUCUGGCUGCUGAGGUUCCCCUCGAGACCAAGACGGCCGAGGUCCCCGAAAUCGUCAAGGAGAGCCAGGAGAAGGCUCACGCCGAGCCUGAGGCUAGCGCAAACCCUGAGGCUGUUCAGGAGAAGGCUGUCGUUGAGGACGAGCUCCUGGAGAAGGUUCCCACCGCUCCCUCAACCUCUGAGGGCACUGCCGGCUUCGGCACUCAGAAGACUGAGGCCGCUGGCGUCAUCCUUGCUACUGCUGCCACUGCUGGUGGUCUUGCUGCUGCCGCUGCUAUCACCGCCAAGGACACCAUCGUCGAGGCUGCUGCUCCUCACGUGAACCAGGCUACCGCUGCCGUCACUGAUGCCGCUGCUCAGCUCCCCGAGCCCGUCAAGGAGAGCCUGCCCGUGAGCGUCCAGGAGGCUAUCGGCGGUCAGACCGAGGAAAUUCGCGAAGAGGUCGCUCCCGAGGUUCCCACCGUCGUUAAGGAGUCCAUCGCCGAGGCCGGCAAGAGCCCCGAGGCCGCCGCUAACACGGAGGCCGUUGUCGAGAAGAAGGAGGUUGAGGCUGAGCUCCUCCAGGAGGUGAAGCCCGUUCCCGCCAUUGGCGAGGAGGCCAAGAUCGAGGCUGAGAAGCCCAAGGUUGAGGCUGCUAAGGAGGAGGUCAAGGAGACCAAGGAGGAGGUUAAGGAGGGUGAAAAGACCAAGACUGAGGCCGUUAAGGAGGAAGCCAAGCUCGCCAAGGAGGAGGUCAAGGCCGCCGUGACCAAGGAUGAGUCCAAGGAGGCCAAUGGUGCUAAUGGGGUUCACACCACCGCCAACGGUGCCAACGGUGCCAACCUCACCUCCACCAAGGAGCCCGAAGCCCCCACGACCCCAGCCAAGGCCCCGUCCUCCGUUCCCGAGUCAACGACACCGAGCAACAUUAAGGCCACCGAGAGCCCUUCGGGUACUGAGAAGAAGAAGAAGAACCGUCUGAGUGCCUUCAUCGGCAAGCUUAAGAGCAAGGUGCACAGCAAAUAA